GCGGGGGAGGCUGGGCGAAGGCCCGGUCCCGAGUGGCCUCUCUAGCCCCCGGCGGGCGGUGCGACGUUCUCUAUGGUCUGGGAGGGCGGGGCCUGUGUUGUCAUCGGCGGCGCGACGGCGGAGGCGGCGGCCGAGGCCUGGGCGGGGGGUUUGGUUUCGGUUUGGCGACGGCUGCAAACAGGGUCGGUGACGGUCGACAUGGGAGUCCCCAAGUUUUACCGGUGGAUCUCGGAGCGGUAUCCCUGCCUCAGUGAGGUGGUGAAAGAGCAUCAGAUUCCUGAAUUUGAUAACUUGUACCUGGAUAUGAAUGGAAUCAUACACCAGUGCUCCCAUCCUAAUGAUGAUGAUGUUCAUUUCAGAAUUUCUGAUGAUAAGAUUUUUGCUGAUAUUUUUCACUACCUGGAGGUAUUGUUUCGCAUUAUUAAGCCCAGAAAAGUUUUCUUUAUGGCAGUUGAUGGUGUGGCUCCACGGGCAAAAAUGAACCAGCAACGUGGGAGACGUUUUCGGGCAGCAAAGGAGGCAGAGGAUAAAAUCAAAAAAGCAUUAGAAAAAGGAGAAACUCUUCCUGCAGAAGCGAGAUUUGACUCCAACUGUAUUACACCAGGGACUGAAUUCAUGGCCAGAUUACAUGAGCAUCUGAAGUAUUUUGUAAAUAUGAAGAUUUCCUCAGACAAGUCAUGGCAAGGAGUUACUAUCUACUUAUCAGGCCAUGAGACUCCAGGAGAAGGAGAACACAAAAUCAUGGAAUUUAUCCGAUCCGAGAAAGGAAAGCCAGAUCAUGAUCCAAACGUCAGACAUUGUCUUUAUGGUUUAGAUGCUGACUUGAUUAUGCUUGGCUUAACAAGUCAUGAAGCACAUUUCUCUCUUUUAAGGGAGGAGGUCCGAUUCGGUGGCAAGAAGACACAAAGGGUAUGUGCUCCAGAAGAAACCACAUUUCACCUCCUACACUUGUCUUUAAUGAGAGAAUAUAUUGACUAUGAGUUUUCUUCAUUAAAGGACAAGAUUUCCUUUAAAUAUGACAUUGAAAGGAUAAUAGACGAUUGGAUUUUAAUGGGAUUUCUUGUUGGCAAUGAUUUUAUUCCUCAUCUACCUCAUUUGCAUAUCAAUCAUGAUGCACUGCCUCUUCUUUAUAGAACAUAUAAGACUGUCUUGCCAGAACUUGGUGGUUACAUUAAUGAAAAUGGCCAUCUCAACUUACCUCGGUUUGAGAAAUACCUUAUAAAGCUGUCUGAUUUUGAUCGUGAACACUUCAGUGAAGUUUUCGUUGACUUGAAAUGGUUUGAAAGCAAAGUUGGCAACAAAUACCUCAAUGAAGCAGCAGGUAUUGCAGCAGAGGAAGCAAAAAACGACAAACAAAAGAAACUAAAGGGCCAAGAAAACUCCAUGUGUUUGGCUGCUUUGGACAAAACUGAAGAAGUGGUUACUUCAAAGAGUGUUACAGAAGAAGAACCUGAAGAUGAUGACCUCUUUGAAACAGAAUUUAGACAGUAUAAGAGAACAUAUUACAUGACAAAGAUGGGGGUAGAGGUUGUUUCAGAUGACUUUCUGGCUGACCAAGCAGAAUGUUAUGUGCAGGCAAUACAGUGGAUUCUGCACUACUACUAUCAUGGAGUUCAGUCCUGGAGUUGGUAUUACCCUUACCAUUAUGCACCUUAUCUGUCAGAUAUUCGCAACAUUAGUGAACUCAAAAUCCGGUUUGAAUUAGGAAAACCUUUCAUGCCAUUUGAACAGCUUCUUGCUGUACUGCCAGCGGCCAGCAAGGACUUGCUUCCAGGGUGCUACCAGCAUUUAAUGACUAGUGAAGACUCUCCAAUUAUAGAAUACUAUCCUCCAGAUUUUAAAACUGAUCUAAAUGGGAAACAACAAGAAUGGGAAGCUGUUGUUUUAAUUCCAUUCAUUGAUGAAACCCGGUUACUGCAAGCCAUGGAGUCAUGCAAUAAGUAUUUGAAAGAAGAGGAGAAGAAGAGGAACAGGCACAGUGAGUGCCUGAUGUACUGGUUUGAUCAGGAAGCUGGGUUUAAGUACCUCUCACCUUGGCCUGAGAAAUUCCCAACCAUUGAAAAGUGCCGUGCCAGGUAUAAAAUAAUAUCUUUAGAUGCUUGGCAUAUAGAUAUUAGUCACAAUAAAAUAACUAAAGUUGACCAGAAGGCACUUUAUUUCUGUGGGUUUCCUACUUUAAAGCACAUCAAGCAUAAGUUUUUUCUGAAGAAAGGUGGGGUACAAGUAUUCCAACAAAGCAGCCGUGAAGAUAAUAUGAUGUUAGAAAUCCUAGUUGAUGAUGACUCAGAUGAACUUCAAAUAGAAAAUGUUGCCUCAUUGGUGCUCGGAAAGUCUGUCUUUGUUCAUUGGCCUCAUCUUGAAGAAGCUAGGGUUGUAGCAGUAUCAGAUGGAGAAACUAAGUUUUACUUGGAAGAAACUCAGGAAACAGCGCUUUACUUGGGAAAAACUGUCCCACCAACUAAAGUGAUUCAUGUUGGCGAUAAAGAACAAUCUAACUGGGUGAAAGAAGUACAAGCAAUUCAGAACAGUAACUACCUGAGAAGAAAAGGAAUAAUAAUAAAUGAAACUUCUGUUGUUGUGUAUGCUCAGUUACUUACCGGUCAUAAAUAUCAAUUAAAUCAAAAUGGUGAGGUUCAUCUGGAGAAACAGUGGUCAAAACAAGUUCUUCCUUUUGUUUAUCAAACUAUUGUCAAGGAUAUCAGUGCUUUUGACACACAUUUCUCUAAUAUCAAAACACUGGAUGACCUAUUUCCACCUAGAAGUACAGUCUUUAUGCUGGGGACUCCUUACUAUGGCUGCACUGGCGAAGUUCAGGAUUCAGGGGAUGUAAUCACAGAAGGUAGAAUUCGUGUGGUUUUCAACAUUCCAUGUGAACCUCAUCUUGAUGCCUUAAUACAGAACCAGCAUAAAUAUUCUAUAAAAUACAAUCCUGGAUAUGUUUUGGCCAGUCGUCUUGGAGUGAGUGGAUACCUUGUUUCAAGGUUUACAGGAAGUAUUUUUAUUGGAAGAGGAUCUAGGAGAAAUCCCCAUGGAGACCAUAAAGCCAAUGUGGGAUUGAACCUGAAGUUCAAUAAGAAGAAUGAAGAAGUUCCUGGCUACACCAAAAAAGUUGGCAAUGAAUGGAUGUAUUCUUGUGCUGUGGAGCAGCUCCUGGCAGAGUACCUUGAGAGGGUACCAGAACUCUUUAGUUAUGUAGCUAAGAACAGCCAAGAAGAUGUGUUCUAUGAAGAUGACAUUUGGCCUGGUGAAAAUGAGAAUGGUGCUGAGAAAGUUCAAGAAAUUGUUACGUGGCUAAAGGCGCAUCCUGUCAGUGCUUUGUCUCGCUCAUCUUGUGAUUUACAAAUUCUGGAUGCAGCUAUUGUUGAGAAAAUUGAAGAAGAAGUAGAAAAAUGCAAGCAAAGGAAGAGUAACAAGAAAGUACGAGUGACAGUGAAACCUCAUUUACUGUACAGACCAUUAGAGCAACAGCAGGGGAUUGUUCCUGACCGGGAUGCAGAAUUCCGUCUUUUUGACCGUGUUGUGAAUGUCAGAGAGAACUUUUCAGUUCCUGUGGGUCUCCGUGGCACCAUCAUAGGAAUUAAAGGAGCUAGUAGAGAAGCAGAUGUGCUUUUUGAAGUAUUGUUUGAUGAAGAAUUUCAUGGAGGUUUAAGGAUAAGGUGCUCACCUGGAAGAGGUUAUCGACUGCCAACAAGUGCCUUAAUUAACCUUUCUCAUGGUAAUCGCUCAGAGACUGGAAAUCAGAAAUUGACAGCCAUAGUGAAGCCUCAGCCUGCUGUGAAUCCAUGCACUUCAAGUUCAUCUGGUUCAUUUGCUGCAGCUUCUCAGAAAGCCCAUUUAGGGGUCAACAGUUCUCGAUCACCUUUGCCUCCAGUACCUACUAAAGAUGAUGAUGAAUUUUGUAGUAUUUGGCAAUCAUUACAAGGAUCAGGAAAGCCUCAACAUUUUCAGCAGAAUUCACAGGAAAAGGGUUUGGUUCUACCUCAAGAAAUAAACAGAGGAGCUACUGCUACUCAGUAUUAUAAACCUGGCUUCAGUGACAGCAGCAUUAAGAGUCAGCAAAGAAAAUGUGAUCAAUAUAGAAAAUUCAAAGAAGAUUGUAAAAUUUCUAAGAAUGAAUGUCAGUCACAAAAGACAGCAAAUAAACAGACUUUUGGAGGGACCCCCAAAUGUAACGUUAAGCUUUUGAAGAGAAAUGAAAGUCCCAGUACUUCAGAAGUCCAAAAAGUUGUAACUGAUGAUCCAAACACAGUUGGGAAGACUGACCCUGGAAUUGAGAAUUUCCUAAUAUCCUUGAAAAUCAGCAAGGAGAAUGAAGUACAGUAUGGUGGGGAAGCAACAAGUGAAGAACAUUUGUCACCACAGUCAUUUGCUAUGAAGGGAACACAGAUGCUUAAAGAAAUUCUGAAAAUUGAUGGCUCUGACCCUGCGGACCACAAGAAUGAAGUCAAACCAUCAGUUAAUGAAGUUAAUGCUUCUUCUAAUAGGAAAGAGGUCUACGGAUCUUCUGCACAGCCCAGGCAAUCCAAGAAGCUAGCUGCCUAUAUGAAUAAGCCUCAUAAUCCAGGGGAUUGUCAUAGUGCUCAAGCAAUGGACAACUUAGGCCGACCUGUCCUCCCUCAGCAGCCGCCUUUGUCCACGCCAGUAUCAGAGCUUUCUCGACUUUGUUCUCUUGUUGGAAUGCCACAACCAGAUUUCACCUUUCUCAGAACGCCACAGACAAUGACAGUUUGUCAAGUAAAGUUAUCCAAUGGCUUACUAAUACAUGGACCACAAUGCCCAUCUGAAAAUGAAGCCAAGGAGAAAGCUGCUUUUUUUGCUUUACAACACUUGAGCACUGUAGGAAUGAAUUUUCCUUUGCCUCCACCAAUGUUUCCAAACUACCCACCUGCUGUACCCACCGGAGCCAUUCCUCCAGUAUUUGCCCAACCUGCUGGCUGGGAUCACUCUGGAAGCAGCUUAGCCUUUGGGGCAGCUAAUAUAAUGCCUCCAUCUCCUCACAUCUUUGGUUCAGUGCCAUGGGGGUCUCCAAUGCCAAUUCCUGGGAAGCCUUAUCCCCACCAUGCUCCGUACCCCACGAACAUGCCUCUCACAGGACCCGUGCCACUUGCACCUCACAAUCAGUUCAUACCUCUUCAGGUUACAAAGAAAAGAGCUGCAAACAAAAGGAACAAUGAGUGUAAGGGAGCCCAGGGUUGUUCUUCUCAGGCUGUCGCUCUUCAACCAGCAUCUGCAGGGCUUUCAGAAAGUGCCCAGUUAACUUCACAGGAGAGUUCAUCAUCCUCAAAGUCACCUCAAGUUCCUCCUCCUGCAGUUUCUUUUCAAGACAGAGUAGCCUCUUCAGGCUCUGGUACCUCUCGUGGUAAAUCAGCACCAGGUUCUUCGAGACGAAAACCGAGGAAACUGGCAGUUAACUUUGGUGUUUCUAAACCAUCAGAAUAAUUAUGGUAUUUAGGGUUCAAUUCAUGUUUCCUUUACAACUUCCCCAAACUUUUUUUAAAAGGAUCUCUUUGUCCUAUUUUUAAAAAAAGAAAGAAUGCACUAUUUUAAAAAAAUAAUGUUUGUAGUACUGAAAAACUGAAGAUCUUUUAGUUGUUAGGCUUUUUUCAGACUGUUAAAAGUAUAGGUACAGGGGGCGGCUAGGUGGCGCAGUGGAUAAAGCACCAGCCCUGGAGUCAGGAGGACCUGAGUUCAAAUCCGGCCCCAGACACUUGACACUUACUAGCUGUGUGACCCUGGGCAAGUCACUUAACCCCCAUUGCCCCGCAAAAAAAAAAAAAAAGUAUAGGGACAAAAGUUUGUGUUGUGAAAGGCACUGAAGAAGCAAACUUAAAAAUGAACCGCUCCAUCCAUCCGUCGUGCCUAGACACUAGGAGCAUCUCAGCCCAUGACUUGGAGAUUUCUGAGCAAUAAUAAUAAUAGCGCUUUCUCACCUUUCCUUGAGGCAGUCAAUAGUGAUGAAGUUGAAAUGGGGCCUCAAACAUAAUUUACAAUACGUGAAUUUUAUUUUUUUAAUAGUUUAAUAAAAUGGAUGGGGAAGAGAGGAGUGGCUUUUAUUUCUUUGCAUCUUUGGCUCUCUGGGUCCUUUGGGCCUACAAGAGAAUAAACUUAAUGGGGCUGCUGCUGCCAGGCUUGCUUCCUGUCCAAAUUUUAUACCAAAGCUGCUUUCAAAUACCAACCAGAACUUUGAUCUCUCUAAAUGUCUUGAAUCUUAAUAGCAAAUUAGGUUUGAGUGAGUAAUUAAAAAAACACUUAGGUUGCUCAUGAACCAGCAUCGUUAAUGAAUAAUAAAGUUUAAUUUAAAUAUCCACAGGAUACAAUUUACUAAAAAUGAAUAGACUUGGACUGUAAUGCAAAUCAUUGAUCAUGUCAGUAUGAUUCUUCUGUAUGAUUUUCCAACUGCUGCUUUACCACCAUUUGAACCUGCCUCUCAUCCAAACACAAUGCUGCCUAGAGGACUAAAGAAAUCUUAAAUACUCUUUAAAUUCCAGGGUGUGUGCUAAUAUAGGAGCAAACAUCAAUGCCUUUUCUAUUUUACAUAUUAUCUCUAUGGCAGAUGUCUCUUUCUUGUCAGUUCCAUAUUUUUAAACCAUUUCUUGGAACUGCUUAGUGACUGGCAUUGUGUUUUCUUUGCAUGUUAUUUAUAUUUAUAUUCAUGUAUGAGAGUGUGUAUAUAUUCAGUGUGUGACUAUUGAAAUUAUUUUAAAAUUUGUUAAAAACUCGGUGUCACUGAGGCAAAAUUUGUAUACUUAAGGAUCUAGUCUUUGUUAUUUGGUAUUUUUAAGGAAUGGGCAUUGUCAUAUGCUUUAUUUAAAAAAAAAAAGAUAAAAAGAAAGAAAAGAACCACACAUUGAAUGUGGUAUUGCUUUUUAUUCUUGCAUCUAACUUUAUUGGUCUUUUUUUUUUUCUGCUAUGGGUCUUAAGUCAGUUUUUAUUCUCAAAGUUCAGUUGUUAACUUAAUAUUUUUCUCUCUCAUUGCUGAGUCCAUUGUUCUUCUAGGAGGCUAUGUAAAGUGAUACUAACAAAGCAGUAGUACCUUUAGCACAAGGAGAUGGUCAUAAUUGAUAUGUUACUGUUUUGAGCUAUUCACUAGCUUCUAUAUUCAUUUUUCUCGAUUCUUCAAAUACCAACUCCUUAAUUUUUACUAUUCAGAAAGUCUUUAUAUAUUGUGGUUACAAUGAACAGUGUUUAAUGAGUCAGGCAAUGUUAAUACUAACAUCUUAUGUUUAUGAUGCUGUAUUAAAAUCUCCAUUUCCAGCAGCUAUGUAAACUAACAAACAAACCAUUUCAACUCAAUAUGUAUAUGACUUUUUUAGGACAGAAAGAGAAGAAUAUGCAAAAAAUAGAAGUUUUAUUGAAUAUGUAUGAUUUUCCCUCUUAAACACUUUGUUCGUGUCUUAGUAAAGCUUGCUCAGAAUUUUCUGAGAUGUCACCUUAAAAUAGAAGACUUGCCCUAGCAUUAUGGCAAGCAGAUAAUUGAAUUGAUUCUUAGAGACAAUUGCCACCAAGUGCUCAGUUAGCAAUCAUGAGUUCCUAUAGGGCUUCCAUUUUGUUCUCAAAGAUCUUUUCCAAGUGCUUAUCUGACUGAGGCUGCCGAGAUGAAAUGGAAUAGAAUACACAGGGCACAUGGACGUCUUCCACCGGCUCCUUUCAGGACAUUAGUUUGAUGCUAACUUUGCCCCUGAAGUGAAGGUUUCAAAGCCACCAGAGAGCUUGUCCUCCUCCAGUUAAAUUAGGGGACUUUGUGUUCAUUUAUGGUCGUGCCUGGCACAGUCCUGAGAAUUUCUCCUAGGAUUGAGACUUUGGGCCUGAGAGCCUAAAUUCUUUAGUUAACCCUUCCAUUUAAGGCAAGCUCAAACUAGCCCCCUGGGAUGGCAGGGUGCUAAUCCAGCUGUUUACCUUGCUGUCUCCUUGCAAGUCAGGCUCUUCUUUGUGAUUAGACUCUUCAGGAUGUUGGGUGUCAGAAGAGCUGAGCCCAAAGUGGUUUUUCUGUAGGUCUUUCAGAAAGAAUACUUAAGUGGGGGACAGCUAGGUGGCUCAGUGGAUAAAGCACUGACCCUAGAUUCAGGAGGACCUGAGUUCAAAUCCGGCCUCAGACACUUGACACUAGCUAUGUGACCUUGAACAAGUCACGUAAUCCUCAUUGCCCCACAACAAAAAAGGAAGAAUACUUAAGUGCCCCUUAACUCUUUAUUUAAGCGCUAGUAGGUGCAUGUUUGGUCAAUAAAAUGUAUUUGUGGACCAGAUUUAGCCAAUUCCUCCAUCUGCAUUCAAGGAUGCCACUCAUGUUUUUCCAAAUUACUUAUAAUCUAUUUUUAUUUUUAUAUUUGUUAUGGAUUAAAUAAUCCAGACAUUACAUAAAGACUUAGGCAUCUCAGAAUGGAUGAACUGAGGAUUUAAUUCAUCUAUAAGGGAACCUGAGUUCCACCUUGGAAAUUGCUAGUUAUCAAAGGGCAUCCAAGUAAUUAUGAUUGGAGAUACUUUUAGUUGGUUUAUUUUUUGGACAGCUAGUGAAGAUAUAGAUGUAUUAAGGUAAGGUGGUUUUCAUUUGUCUUUUGAGAGCUUUCUAUUUAGUAUCUAAUUAGGACGAUUUAAAAAGGAAAGAAAGCUUGUGUUAAGUGUCAAAAUAAAACAUAUCACAACACCGCUUUCUUGACCAGUACCAUUCUAGCCUAUUCAAAAUAACCUUGUCUCUAAAGGUUAUUUGGAAAAUCAUUUCGUUAAAAACUAUGGUAGUUAUCUGUUUUUUGAAACUGCUGAUCAGUCAAAAUGUACUUCUACCUUACUUUUAUUGGGGGGGAGGUGGGGUGGGAUACCUGGGCAUGUAUGAAAAUGUUUCACUCAGAAAGAAUCCAAUCAUAGUUCACUUGCCUUGGACAGUAGCAUAAAUCAUUACUGCUGCUAAUAUAUUUUUGUUGGCUUUACUGAUCAAACUUGGUCCGCUAAACUUUUAGAAGGUACCUCUCCUAUUUAAAGACAUAGACUCUGAAUUCCAGAAACAAGAGACACAUAUCACAGUUAUUAGGUCUCCCACUUAGAUACCGCCUCCCCCGUUCAAGCAUCCAAAUAGUAUUAUAACAAAAGAUAGAAUUAACCCUACAUUGUGUAGGGCUAAAUGUUUUAUAGUACUACUCUUUAAGGAAGAAAAAAUAAUUUAGCAUUAGGUAAAAGAAUUCAGUACUAAAAAUUAGAUCAUAGAUUUUUAAUCAUAGAUUUUUCAUCUUGUUUUUUUUGUUCCUUGGACUAAUAGUGGUAUAAAAUUUGGAGGUAAAACAUUGUGUCCAACACUUAGAAUGGGAACUGAAGAAGUAAUAAAGUGCAUGGCUGUACCAAAACAUUCAGCUCUCUGAAGUGCAAUUUAUGAAGGACACUAUCCAGUUUCCAGGAGAUCCAUCUUUAUAGUAGUCGCCCCUUCCAAACCAGUGUUUUUUAGCAGUAUCAUACCUCCAGCUCUCAGGUUUUAGAAUCUUGGUGUGCUAUAACAUGGAGGGGGUAAUUUGGUGUAGCAGAGCAAGCACAGGAUGUGGAGGCAAAGGACCUGGGUUCAAAUUCAAGCUCUUCUACUUAGUACCUGUGUGACCUUGAACAAAUCACUACUGGGCCUCAUUUUCUGCUUCUCUUAAAAUGAGGGGAUUGGACUAGAUAAUCUCUGAAAUCCCUUCCUGCUCUAACUAAGGCCAGUAAAUUCAGCUUCUGUUUCAUCAUCUGAAGCCAGAUUCUCGUGCUUUAGGCUCACGCAGAACCAAAGAGAUGAGAAUUUGUCCCAUAGCUUACUAUGGGUUUCAUUCAUCCUUUCUUCAUACCUUACGGUUCAUUUUUCUUUUUAUUCACAGGUUACUUACAGUUUCUUCUACCUGAUGCCCAAUUCUUUUAGUUUUUAUAUGUUCUGGUACAUGAGUAAUGGAUCUGUGCUAUACCAUCCAUGACUUCAACUUUGUGUUUGUUUUAAACAGUGUGAUUAAGUUAGAUUUUCCAGAUAUAUCUUGAAGUAUUUCUUUAUUCUCAUAGAGAUAAAUAUUUUAUAUGUCCUGGAAUUUUUCAUCAGAACUUAUACAGAGCAGUAUUUUAUUAAGAAGUCCAAAGGGAAAACCUUUCUGUGCUCAUUUUGUAGUUUAUUAUUUUUAAAAAGUACCCUGUCAUUGUUUAUCUGCCAAGUAAAGUGUCUUAAACUUGUAUUUGAAUGGAUCUAGAAUGUAUUUUUGUGUUUAGUGUUAAGUUGUGCAUUUACAGAUUUCUAGCAUGUAGUUUGCCUAAAAGACUGUGCAAAAAGUAUUUUAAAGCAUAUGAUACGUUGGAAGAAUAAAAGAACCAGCCAUAAGAUUUAAAUGCUAUAUACAUCUGUAAUUAAACAAUUGAUCAUCAUUC